AUUCUCCAUUCUCACUUCUCUCUCAUUUUUCUCCCCUGCGGAAAUCCAAUUCAUCCUUUUUCCCUGUAAGUUUUCCAUUAUUGGAUCUGCAUUUCUUCCACACCCCACUUACUCUACUUUGUAAAAACAGAAACUUUUUCCCGUUUCAACUGUUACUUUUUUCGGAUAGUGACUUCGGCUUUUGGGCAUAUCAAACUGAACUCUUAAGUCAAAAUGGAAAAUGGACAUCAGUUCCAGGAGGUUUCAAAGGCAAAAUAUGACUGUCUUUUAUUUGAUCUUGAUGACACCCUUUAUCCUUACAGUUCUGGGUUGUCGGCUCAGACAGCAAAGAACAUUGAAGAGUAUAUGCUACAAAAGCUUGGUAUGGAGCCUGCUGAACUCCCUGAAGUGAACCAAUCAUUAUAUAAGAUUUAUGGGACAACAAUGGCUGGUCUGAGGGCAAUUGGCUAUGACUUUGACUAUGAUGACUUUCAUAGAUUUGUUCAUGGGAGAUUGCCAUAUCACUUGCUGAAACCAGAUCCAGUUCUAAGGGGUACUUUGCAAAGCCUCCCUAUUAGGAAAGUGAUUUUUACAAAUGCAGACCAUAGUCAUGCAGUUCGGGCACUCCAAAGGCUUGGACUUGAGGAUUGCUUUGAAAGAAUCAUAAGCUUUGAUACUCUGAAUCCCUCCAACAAGAUCAAUACACUUGAUGUUAAAAAUGGCAGCGAAUCCAAACCAGUUUCCACUGGAAUUUUCGAUUUCUAUGAGUACGUGCGCCACCCAGGCCCUGACGUGAUACUUCCAAAGACCCCAGUUGUUUGUAAACCCUUUGAAGAUGCAUUUGAGAAGGUUUUUGAGAUAGCAAAUAUUGACCCUAAGAGAACAUUGUUCUUUGAUGAUAGUACCCGCAAUUUACUGACAGCCAAACGCGUAGGCCUCCACACAGUUGUGGUCGGUACUUCCGUUCGAACUACAGGAAUUGAUCAUGCUUUGGAAAGCAUCCAUAAUAUCAGGGAGGCAUUUCCAGAACUCUGGGAAGCCAGCGAAAAGCAUGAAAUUGUCAAAUAUAAGGUUGCUAUUGAGACAUCAGUGAAAGCUUAGUCUAGGAUACAAGUUUAGUGCCUUGUUUUGUGUAGACGCCUGUCUCAUCAAUGUAAUUGUUAUUUGAAUUUUUAUUAAAUAUGAGUAUUUUGUUCAGUACUA